AUGGCUAGUGACUGUCCACCCCACUCUGCCCCGGACCCAGGCAUCGUCUGCAGCAGAAGGCACAUGUGGUGGCAACAGAGACGCUUCUGCGUGGUGACGCUUCAAGGGCUGGGCCUAGGCAAGCUGGCGCUGGAGGUGCAGCUGCAGAAACAGGCAGCAGAGCUGGUGGAAGCCUUCCGCCAGGAGCUCAGUAGAUCCUUCGACCCUCAGGUAUCCAUUGUCAGGUCCACAGUCAGAGUCAUCGGGGCCCUUGUGUUUGGCCACCACUUCCUCUCAGAGGAUCCCAUCUUCCAGGAACUGACUCAAGCCAUUGACUUUGGCCUGGCCUUGGUCAGAACUGUGUGGCACUGGAUGAGAGGCAGCCCUGGGUUACUCAAGUCAAAGGCCCCAGCCCACUUUGGAGCCCCCCCGACUCAGGGGCUGGCUCCUGAGGAGGGCCUGGGUGGGCCUCUCUCUCCACAGCUGCACGACGUGUUUCCCCGGGCCCUCUGCCACCUCCCAGGACCCCACCGGGAGAUAGUUAGGUACCAAGGGGUCGUGCGGAGCUUCACCCGCCGGGAGAUCACCGGGCGCAAACUCAAAGCACCGGAGGCUCUCAAGGACUUCAUCAAUUGCUCCCUGGCCCAGAUCUCCAAGGCCAUGGAUGAGCCUGUCUCCACAUUCCACGAGGAGAACCUGGUCCAGGUGGUGAUCGACCUGUUUCUGGGAGGCACCAACACCACGGCCACCACCCAGCGCUGGGCACUCGUCUACAUGAUCCAGCACGGAGCUGUCCAGGGCUUGCUGCAUGCUGAGAGCUUUGUGCCCGCGGCGUCAUUUGAUACAAUGGGCACCAUCAUCUUACCCUUAUGUAGAGGCUCUGUGCUCUACGACCCUGAGUGCUGGGAGACCCCUCCACAGUUCAACCCUGGCCACUUCUUGGACAAGGAUGGAAACUUUGUGGCCAAUGAGGCCUUCCUGCCAUUCUCUGCAGGGCAUUGUGUGUGCCCAGGGGACCAGCUGGCUCGAAUGGAGCUCUUCCUGAUGUUUGCCACCCUCCUUAGGACCUUUCGGUUCCAACUGCCAGAAGGGAGCCCAGGGCUCAAGCUGGAGUACAUCUUUGGGGGCACUUUGCAACCUCAGCCCCAGGAGAUCUGUGCAGUGCCCCGCCUGAACAGCCCCAGCCCUGGUCCUAGGGAGGAUGGCCUGUAG